AUGUCUUCGUGCUGCGACAAAAGUUGCCCAUCGCGAAUGGUCAACUCAUCUCAUCUCUCCCAGGAAGACACUGGUGUGAAAAGUGGUGACAGCAUAUGCCCAGAUGGCAAUGUGGACAAUAAUGUCGGCAAAGAGAGUCAGGGAGAAAAUACUAGAGAUCCGGAAAACCAACUAUCCGAUGGCGACUUUGAAGCACUAUCCAAAAAUGAUCAGGGGUGGAGGAAAAUAGUACGGAAUUUUACACCUUCAUGGUUCACCGUGAAUAUGGGGACUGGGAUAGUCUCUAUCCUUCUCUUCAAUCUCCCAUACAACGGAGUGUGGCUCUACUGGAUAUCUGUUGUCAUUUUUGGGCUCAAUACAAUUUUGUUCAGCACGUUUCUGACAAUCUCCAUCUUGCGAUAUACGAUUUGGCCGGAGAUCUGGCGUGUUAUGCUCAAACACCAGGUUCAGUCGCUUUUCAUCGGGACAUUUCCGAUGGGGUUUUCCACCAUCGUAUCGAUGAUUUCUCUUAAUGAUACCUGGGAGACAAACGGAUUUACCUUCAAUGACCGCGCUUCGUAUAUUCUCUGGGGCCUGGGGAUAUUAUUUUCCAUGAUAAUCCUCGCGGUAUAUUUUAAGAGGCUGGCGCUGUACAAGCUACCACCAAAAGCCAUGAUCGUCAGUACUUGCAUUCCUCUUGGACCAAUGGGUCAAGGGGGUUUUGUCAUCCUAAAACUCGGUGUUGAUGCGAAGAAAUUCUUCCCACUGAAUAAUACCCUUGAUGCAACUGCUGGUGACGUAUUCUAUGCAGUCGGAUUCAUGAUCGCAUUGAUUCUCUGGGGGUUCGGGCUCCUGUGGAUGCUUUCUGCGAUUAUUUCUAUUGCUCAAUGCAAGCGAAUUCCGUUUUCAAUGGGAUGGUGGGCCUCCAUAUUCCCGCUGGGCGUUUAUGCUAAUUGCACCAUAUUGAUGGCGAAAGAAAUGCCGUCUCAAUUUUUCAAAGUGCUUGGUACAAUCCUGUCACUCUGUGUAUUGAUUUUGUGGAUUAUCGUCUCCGCAGGAACUAUUAGGGAGGUCGUAACUGGGCGCGUUUUCUUUGCGCCAUGUCUUAGUGACCUGCGGUGCAUCGACGAACAUACAUAG